GGAAGACAUCAAAAUAGAGAACGCCGCAUUCUGUCUCCGUGCGGGUACUUUUUCAUUAAUUUUAAUUUUUUUUCUAUCUAAACGGUGCACAGAUGGAGGAAGAUCCUGUAAUCACAUUUACCAUAAACGAUGAACUGUGUCGCCGAGCCGGUUUAACCGCCAAAUGGAUAAAUGGCCAUCAACUUUCCGUAGCAGCAUAUAAUCCAAUAACCAGCACAACGAAAGAUCGUGUUUCCGACUUCGCUGGUCAAAAUGAGGUUAAUAUUUUCCACCUCACGACUGAAUUCAUUUUCGAGGAACCGAUCCUCCGGUGCCUGAUCGCUGAGGCGAAUGGAGUCUACUUGGCUGUGCAAGACCUGAAGCGCCAAGGAACCCAAUCGGAUUAUGUGAAAAUUUCGAGAACUUAUCGGAGUAUAAUCCGAGCUUGCCUGGAGAAAUUAGAAGAGGAGAUUUCGAAUGAAGAAAUUAGCGAAGAAGUUAAAAUCAGAUUUCAAAACUACAUCACUAUCUUCUAUUCAAUUGAGUGUGUGUGGCAUCUGUGCGAGAUACUCUACAUCGAUACAGCUCCUUCGAAUAUCGUAGUUCCGCAGUUGUUAGAAUGGACCCGAUUCCACUUCCCGUCAUAUGAAAGAAUCGCAACUGAGCUAUUGCUGUACGAGCGUGAAGCAAAUACAAGUGAAGAUUAUUGGCCAACAGUGAAGGGAUUAAUUCUACAAGGACAAAUUGAAGUUGCCCGAGCCAUUCUUCAGUUGCAUUCGCUUUCCGAGACGACAGCAUUUAAAAUGGCGGAGCAAAUUUUAAAAACAAUGCCAGUUUAUAAUGUAUAUGGAGGCCUCUCUAUUCAAAAAUUCCGCUCGCAGUGGCAUUAUUGGCUUACAGAUACUGAGUUGAAGCUGUCUGCAGGAAUUCUUUCCAGUGAACCUGAAUUGGAGGAGAUCGUCAAGUUAAUUACAGGAAAUCAGUAUAGCUGGAAUCAACAAAUAAAGCAAUCAACAUGUUGGUAUGAAUUUUUGUCCGGUUAUCUAUUCUAUACGGAACCAGCGUGUAAAUAUUUCGAAUUGGGUUCCUUCGCCAAUCUCUGGAUAAAUCGAUGGGCUAAUGAGAUGGGGUUCACCGGAAGUGGAUUCUUGAAGCAGUUAGAUCGUGUAAUACUGAGCGUUAUGGAGAAUGAUAUGAAUCAGGUUCUACAUUCCAUUCAAAAGAUUGGCGAUAAUCAAUGGUUCGUCACGCAUUUAACCGAUUUGCUUUAUCAUUGUGGUCAACUUCAAGUGAUGGGAGAGCAGAAAAAGAACAUUGCAUUUUCUCUACGUGAUGCACUUUUGUAUGAAUUUGGUUCAGCUUUGAUGUCACGCGAUUCCUUAUGGAUGAUGGGUGUUGAUUAUCUUGAGCAGUGCUCAGAAGGCGCAGCUGCAAUGGAAUUGCUUCUCACAAAGGUACCUGUAGAGAAUGAGCGUCAGGCCCUCAAGGUAAUCGAGGUUGCAAAGCAAAGAGGCUUAUCAUCAGUUGAAAGGGAAAUUUGUCGAGUGCAAGCAACAAGAUCAAUGGCUAAUGAACGGUAUGGUAACGCUUUAGAAUGGGCAAUACGUUCCAAAGAUGCUGGAGCUGUUACUGCAAUAACAGACUUUUUCCUCACAAACUACUCAAAGACUGGCGAAAUGCUGUGCCCUGACGUUCUUGGUAAUAUCGGUGGGAAAAUGUUCAUAUCACCGCGACUGGUGUUUCUUGUGAAAUAUUUCGAUUUCCACCAAUUCUACAAGCGCCGUGAAUUUAUUGAAGCUGCAAAGCUUUUAGUUAAUCUACUAAAUUCAAAAAUAACUCCCGAAUACUUCUGGCCAUCCUUGUUAAUUGACUCAAUACCUUUGCUGGAGUCGAAGGAUCCGAAAAUGCCGUCGAAGGAGACUUUUGUUAUUCUGCAGCACCUAGAGAUGGAACUAACACCGUUGAUUGAGCGAAGCAAGAAGCAGAUGGAGAAAGCGGGAGACAAACAGCCACAUAUUCUGAAAGAUUAUAGAAUGGAGAAUAUUGAUGAAAUUGUGAAGCUAAUUCGGUUAGCAUGUGCUCGUAAUCUUGCAAGAGCUAUAGUUAUAGAAAAUACAUUUAUAUCCUAAAUUUUGUGAAGGAAUCAAUAAAAUCUUUGUUUU